AUGCAGAAGGCUCAGCCGGUGCUGGGGGGGGAUGCUGGGCCCCUCCAAGAGGAGGAGGUGCCCCCCCGACCCGCCUGGACCAGUAAAGCCCAGUACAUACUGGCCCAGCUGGGCUUCUCCGUGGGCCUGGGCAACGUCUGGCGCUUCCCCUACCUCUGCCACCAGAAUGGGGGCGGGGCCUUCCUCCUGCUCUACCUGCUGCUCCUCUUCCUCCUGGGCAUCCCCCUGCUCUUCCUGGAGCUGGCGGCUGGGCAGUGCCUGCGCCAGGGCAGCGUCGGCGUCUGGAGGAGCAUCAGUCCCCGCCUGGCCGGCAUUGGGCUGGCCAGCUGCCUGGUGUGCAUGUUUGUGGCGCUCUACUACAACGUCAUCAUUGCCUGGAGCCUCCUCUACCUCGCCCGCUCCUUCCAGCACCCCUUGCCCUGGCAGAGCUGCCCCAGCGUGCUGUAUGUCAGCACCCUCUUCCCCUACCUCGUCCUCUUCUGCCUCCUGGUCCGGGGGCUGCUGCUUGAGGGGGCCCCCGAGGGCAUCCGCAUCAUGUUCACCCCCAAGGUGUCGGUGUGGGGGACAGCCCAGGCCUGGCGGCAGGCAGCCACGCAGGUCUUCUUCGCGCUGGGGCUGGGCUUCGGCAGCGUCAUCGCCUACGCCAGCUACGGCGCGCGCCGCAGCGACUGCCACCGCGACGCCGUGCUGGUGGCUGGCCUCAACGCCCUCACCUCCCUCCUGGCCACCCUCGUUGUCUUCGCCGUCCUGGGUGCCCGCGCCACCCGCCGCACGCAGCACUGCCUCCGCAGGAACGCAGAGCUGGUGUCGCGAGCGCUGGCGGUAGGGGAGCUGCCCGAGACCGCCCGCCCCCCUGGGAACCUCACGGCCCUGCCAGCCCCCCAGUACAGCGCCUGGCUGCGGGGGCUGCCCCCAGCCCUGCGGGAUGCCCUGGGUGUCACCGACUGCCGCCUGGAGGAGGAGAUGAACAAGGGAGUGGAGGGCCCAGGCCUGGCCUUCAUCGUCUUCACAGAGACGCUGACGCUGCUGCCGGCGGCGCCACUCUGGUCGACCCUCUUCUUCCUCACGCUGCUGGGGCUGGGGCUGGGCACCAUGUUGGGCACCGUCCAGGCUGUCCUCACACCUCUGCUUGAUGCCUUCCCUGUCCUGCGCCGCCGCCGUGCUCUGCUCACUGUGCUGUGCUGCGCCGGGGGCUUCGUGCUGGGGCUGCCCUUUGCCCAGCGCUCUGGCAGCUACUUGGUGGCCGCCUUCGAUGACUACGUGGCCACACUGCCGCUGCUGGCUGUGGCCGCCUGCGAGGCCGUGGCCGUGGCCUGGGUCUACGGGGCUGAGAGGCAGCCACCCAGAGCUCCGGGGGUCCCUCCUGCACCCCCCCUCCCCCCCCCCCCCAGGUUUAUCCGGGACCGCGUGGAGCGGUGCGGGGACGCGCAGGCGGUGGCCCUGAGCCAGGCGGAGCUGGGGGGGCCGCAGCCCAGCAGCCCUGACACGAAGCACCUGAGCGAAUGCCUGCGCCGCAUCGGGGACGAGCUGGACAGCAACACGGAGCUGCAGAGGAUGAUCGAACAGGUGGGGUGCCAUGCCCCCAAGGAGCUCUUCUUCCGCGUGGCUGCAGAGAUGUUUGCUGACGGCACCUUCAACUGGGGCCGUGUUGUUGCCCUCUUCUACUUUGCCUGCAAGCUGGUGCUGAAGGCGCUUUGCACCAAGGUCCCUGAGCUGGUCCGGACUAUCCUGGGCUGGACCAUGGAGUACAUGCGGGAUCAUGUCCUGGCCUGGAUCCAGGCCCAGGGAGGAUGGGAAGGGCUCCUCUCCUACUUUGGCACUCCGACCUGGCAGACCAUCACCAUCUUCGCCGCUGGUGUCCUCACGGCCUCGCUCACCAUCUGGAAGAUGUCAUAGACUUGGCGGAGGCCGCAGCCUAGCCCCCAGGACUGGCCCCUGCCGGCAGGGAUGGUGCUGACCCCCCCUCCAGCCCCUUGGGUGCUGUGCCUUCCAGGAGCGGGGGGGCUUUUUAACAAACAGGACUUUGUUAAGACUUGCCCUGAACUUUGGGGUCUGCCCUCCCCCAGGGCAGCUGUGGCCCCCCCAGACCUUCCCCCAACAGUGGGCAAAUGUGCCUGGGGGCCACGGCUGGGACCCUGCCAGAUUCAGGGCGGGGGGGGGGGGGGACCCACACAACUUCACCACCACCCCCUCUGUCCUCCAGUCCCAGUGCUGGGGUGCCCCUGAUGCCUAGGGAUGGGUGGCUGUGGCCCCCAACACAGCCCCGGCCUCAGAGAGGUGUGACCCCAGGACUUGUGGUGCUUUGGGUAUCGUCCUGUGAUCUCAGCCCCACCCCCCCGAUAUGGGGGAUGAGGGGUCUUUGUGACCCCCAAAAAUGGGGCUAUUGGGGGGGGUGGGGGGGAGGGUUGCAGCCAUGGUUGCAGGUUGGGUAUUUAUUGGGGGCUCCCUGCCCUGAGAAAGGCCCCCCAGGUGCAAUACACCCCUCCCUGGGGUGGAGGCCCCCUCCCUGGUGGUGGCUCUCAGGGUGGGGGGGGCCAUACCCCCCAUUUACACCCCCCCUUCUCCCCCGGUUUCAGAGGUUCCCCUUUUGCAAUCAGUGUCCCUAAGGAGCUGCCCCAAGGUGGGGGCAGAGUGACGUUCCCCAUCCCCACUUGGUGCUCUUUGGAGUGAUGUCAUGAAAUGAUGAUGUCAUGGGGGGAGCCCUCCCUCUGGCUGGGGGGGCCCUGCCUUCCCCCCUGUUUUCUUCAGAUUUUUUUUUUUUUGUACCUUGUUUUGUAUCUCGGGUAUUUUGAUGUCUGAAAAUAAAGGGGAAACGGAGCCCUGUGGUGCUUUGUGUCAGGCCGGGGCUGC